GCCAGCGGAACUGGUGCUGGGUGGGGCUCAAGGCCUCUGGGUGUCACGCGCACCUGUUCGAGCACCUCGGCUGGAGGACCGAGCGGGACAUGGCCGUCGAGGCCCAGCUGACGGUCGAGGGAGAUUUCGACCCGCUGCAGAACCCCGGCUUGUGUGACCUCCCAGAGUUGGGCGUGGCGCCGGAGUGGAGCAGCGACGAGCUCCAGGAAGCGAGCGAGUGGUUCAAUCGAACUGUGUCGGUCUUCGUUCUGAGUCUGCACCCCAGCAAGAAGCGCAGGAAGCUUGUCGAAGAGCAGUGGAGGUUUCUAGGCAUCAGCCACACGGUGGUGUGGGGUGUGGAUCUGCGAGAGCAUGGUGCAAUGGACGGCGCGCGCCGGGAGGGCCUCAUUCCAGAGAGCUACAACAUGACGCUCGCCCAGCUGCGUGCAUCGGACGCAGAUAACAAUAUGGGCGUGGAUGGCGGCAUCGCAGGCACCGUUGGCUGCGCUGCGGGGCACUUCCGGGUUCAGCGUCGUGCCGCUGAGGUUGCUGCGAGGUAUCCUUUGAGCGUAAUCUUCGAGGUGGUGUCGUUGGCCUCUCGCUGCCCCUUCGGCACCUGCGUAUCGCCGCACCUCUCCCGUGUGCAGCCCGACGUCAACGAGCCCGUGGAAAGAUGCCACCACGGGGUGAACUAUGGUUUCCAGGGCGUGCUUUACCGCGCUGCCGAGAUCCCCAACGUCCAGCAGGUAUGGCAGCCUGUGGUCUUUGACUCCGAGAGGCCCCACUGCAUCGAUGUCGAUGUGGCGCUGGCCUCGAUCUCGGACAAGGUCGCCUUCUACGCAGUGCCAGCAUCACAAGAUCCAGGCCUGCUGGAGGAGAUGUGGGAAUUAGGUUCGACAAGAAUCAACGUCAACAAGGAGCAGACCAUCAGCUGA